CCAAUAUCUCAUGACGAACUUGAUCAGUGCUCCCCUCAAUAAUAUUUAAGUCACUUAAAAUCUCAGUAGGAGGUUUGUCUUUGGGUAGUUGUACCAUAAGAAGUGGCCCACCAAGAGAUCACAUUUGGUCGCACGCUCGACUCGCUUCCGUCGCGAACAAGUUCAAACAGAAUGAUUCCAUUCCUAUUCCGCCUCAAGAUAGUGAAGAAAAAAAAUCACAAAGGCAGAAUGGGCUCCGUCCUCUCCGCCCUCCGCGGCGCAACAAAAACCGUCGGCGCCGUCGCAAAACUUCUCCUGGACCUGAACAAGACGUACCAGGCCCUCCUGGCCCGCGUCAACGCCCCGCCGGGCCUGCCGCACGCGAACCCUUCGAGCCCGUACUGGCUCGACGACCCGCCGUUCCCGGAGCUCGUGGACGCGCGGUCGCAAACGCUGCCGUCUGAGGCGGAUGUUGUUAUUAUCGGCAGCGGGAUUACGGGGGCGGCGGUGGCGAGGAGUCUGUAUACCGCCGCAGGCGCAUCGGAUGGAGGAGAAGGGGGGAAGAAGGGACCGAGGGUCGUGGUGCUUGAGGCGAGGAGGUUAUGCGCUGGUGCGACGGGGCGGAAUGGGGGACACGUGAAAGCGAGUCCGCACGAGCUGUUUUCGAAGCUGGCAAAGUAUUUUGGUAAAGAGGGCGCGGCGAGGUUGACCAGGUUUGCGCUGCGGACCGCGGAGGCCGUGUUGGAGGUUGGCGGGGAGGCGGGCAGGGAGGUGGCCGAGUGCAGACGCGUCGAGACUGUGGAUUUCUUCCUCGACGACAAGGGGUUCGAGGCCGGGAAGAAGGAGGUGGAGGAGUUGAGGCGGUGGGUGCCCGAGGUCGAGAUUGCGGUGCUGGGAAGGGAGGAGACGAGGGCGAAGUUUGGGGUUGAGGGGGGUCAUGUUGCGGGUGGGUUGGUGUAUGGCGCCGGCGCGCUGUGGCCGUAUCGGCUUGUUGCGAAGAUUUGGAAAGAGUUGGUUGAUGAGUUUGGGGGCAGGUUGAGCUUGGAGAUGAAUACGCCUGUUGAGGAGGUCGUGGUUGAUGGCGAGGGGGGCGGGAGGCCGUUUGUUGUUAGGACGGCGAGGGGGGCGAUUAGGGCGAGGCACGUUGUUCAUGCUACGAAUGCGCAUGCUGGGCAGUUUUUGCCUGGGUUGAGGGGGAAGAUGGCGGGUGUGAAGGGUCAUAUGACUGCUCAGCGGCCCUCGACGACGACACCCUCAGGGCAAACGACUCAACAAGGAGAAGGAGGAGGCUUCCAGUGGCCGGAUAAUACACACACAGGAAGCAAAUCAUGGAGCAUCAUCUACGGCAACGGCGCCUUCGACUACGUCACGCAGCGGCCUAACGGGGACGUGAUGCUCGGCGGCGGGUUCGCGCGGAGCGCGGGCGAGGGGGUGGACAUGGUUGGCGUGUACGACGAUUCCGGGACGGACGGGAUGACGAUUGCGCAUGUGUCUGGGGUCAUGAACGCCGUGUUUGGGGCAAGGUGGAGGGGCGACGUGGUGAGGGUUUGGAGUGGUGUUUUGAGUGUCACGGGGGAUAUGGCGCCUUUUGUUGGGCGGGUUCCUGCGAGUGUUGCGGGGGUUAGGGGGAAGGUUGGUUCGUCCUCGUCUUGGUUCGGGUCGAAGAAGGGGAGGGAGAGUAUUCAGGUGAAGAAGGUUGGGAAGACGGUUGAUGAGAUGGAGGAGGAGGAUCCGUGGAUGGGAGUUGAGGCGGGACAAUGGGUUAGUGCUGGGUAUUGUGGUGAUGGUAUGGUCUGGGCCUGGCUUUGCGGAACCGCGUUGGGGGUCAUGGUUGCGGGCAAGGAGGAUGUUGUGCUAGAGAAAGGGGUUGGAUUCCCUGGUGGUAGGUUGACGGAGUGGUUUCCCAAGGAGUUGUUGCUUACGGAGGCGAGGUUGAGGAAGGCUGAUCUGAGUAAUUUGGUGGAUGAGAUAUAA